AUGGGGAAAAGGUUACUAAACCGGUGGCUGAAGCAGCCGUUAGUGGAUGAGGAUGAGAUUAAGUUUCGGUUGGAUGUGGUGCAGUCGUUUGUAGAGAGUGGGGGGAUGAGGCAGGAGGUGCGGGGGCAUCUGAGACGCAUGCCGGAUAUCGAGAGGCUGACGAGGAGGUUGGAGAUGCGACGAGCUGGGCUGCAGGACGUGGUUAAGCUGUACCAGGCCAGCAUUCGCCUUCCAUUCAUCCGCGAGGUGCUUGAAACCCAUGGAGGCUCGUUCCGCCCGAUGCUGCACGAGAGGUUCGGCGCGAGCCUACUCGAGUGGUGCGGGGCGGAGCACUUAGCUAAGUACGAGGGGCUGGUGGAAGCAGCAGUGGACUUAGAAGCUUUACAGUCUAACGGAGAAUACUUAAUAGCACCAGGUUAUGACCCGAGCUUAGGGGAAAUUAAAGAGGAGAGGGAGGGGGUUGAAGUCGAAGUGCAGAGAGCCUUGCAGCAAGCAGCAAACGACUUAGGUCUUACAGUGGAUAAGACGAUUAAAUUAGAUAAGACGGCGCAGGCGGGGUAUUGCUACAGGAUUACGAAGAAAGAAGAGACGAACGUUAGGAAGAAGCUGAAUUCGUCGUAUGUGACUCUGGAGACGAGGAAGGACGGAGUUAAGUUCACGAAUGCGAAGCUUAGGAGGCUGAGCAAGCGCCACGUGGCGCUCACGGAUUCGUACAUGGCGGCUCAGCGGGAGCUGGUUGCGAAGGUGGUGGAAGUGGCUCAGACGUUCUUGGAGGUCAAGGGUCUCAUGGGGUCAUGUGGUACACGGCGGCUCAGCAGGGAGCUGGUUGCGAAGGUGGUGGAAGUGGCGCAAACGUUCUUGGAGGUGUUUGAGGGCGUGGCAGCGCUAAUCGCCGAGAUGGACGUGCUUCAGGGCUUUGCCGAGCUUGCAGCGUCGGCACCCACUCCCUAUGUCCGACCCUCCAUCUCAGGCCCGGAGAGGGGGCGAAGCUGGUUCCAAAUAAUCACAGGGCCCAACAUGGGUGGCAAGUCAACGUUCAUACGCCAGCCUAUGUGCAUGGUAUUGGCACUCUCGACCUUCUAUUGCAUCCAAGCCUCCCCUCGACCCGCUCUUGCCACAGAUGGGAGUGGUGCCCCAGAUGGUUUUCUGAGUCGCCCCAGCACAUGUUUUCCUUGUCCCAUCACCCCCGCUUGCGUGCCGCAGGUGGGAGUGGUGGUGCUGAUGGCACAGGUGGGGUCCUUUAUCCCUUGCUCCCGUGCACACGUGGGGGUGGUGGUGCUGAUGGCGCAGGUGGGCUCGUUUGUGCCGUGCUCUCGUGCACACGUGAGCAUCCGAGAUGCCAUCUUUGCGCGCGUGGGCGCUGGCGAUUGCCAGCCGCCAUCCUGCAUGCCGGCUGCUGACCUCCCUGCCUCCUCCCUCCCUGCCUCCUCCCUCCAUGUCUCCUCCCUCCCUGCCUCCUCCCUCCAUGUCUCCUCCCUCCCUGCCUCCUCCCUCCCUGCCUCCUCCCUCCCUGCCUCCUCCCUCCAUGUCUCCUCCCUCCCUGCCUCCUCCCUCCAUGUCUCCUCCCUCCCUGCCUCCUCCCUCCAUGUCUCCUCACUCCCUGUCUCCUCCCUCCGUGCCUCCUCCCUCCAUGUCUCCUCCCUCCCUGUCUCCUCCCUCCCUGUCUCCUCCCUCCGUGCCUCCUCCCUCCCUCCCUGCCUCCUCCCUCCAUGCCUCCUCCCUCCUGUGCUCUUUUCUCCCUUCAUCUCCCUCCCUUGCAUGUCUCAGCUGAGGGGAGUGAGUACGUUCAUGGCGGAGAUGCUCGAGACAGCCGCCAUUCUGCAUGCUGCCACGCCGCAGUCACUGGUCAUCAUCGAUGAGUUGGGCCGGGGAACGUCCACUUAUGACGGAUUUGGUCUCGCUUGGGCUAUCUGCCUCGCCUGGGCCAUCUGUGAACACCUAGUGGAUGUAACUAGAGCGCCCACCCUCUUUGCCACGCACUUUCACGAGCUCACAGCUCUCGAGACCCGCGAUGCCUCCAGUGGUGUUGCUAACUUCCACGUCAGCGCGCACAUCGACGAAGCUUCCAGGAAGCUCACCAUGCUUUACAAGGUGCAACCGGGCCCAUGUGAUCAGAGCUUUGGCAUCCACGUGGCUGAGUUUGCACACUUCCCUCCCGAGUUUUCCUUCCAACGCGGCAGCUACUCACCUCCUCACUCUCACCCUCACAUCUCACGCACAAUCUUUUCCUCGUUCACCCUGCUCACUCUCACCUCUCGCGCCUCGACAGACACUUUCUCAUCAAAGCUGCUGGGAGCGAACGAGGUACCCAAGAACGACUCCAAAGCUGCCAAGAACGCCGUUGGUGACAGCCGCGGCAUCGUCUACAUGAAGCUGAGCAUCUACAUGGACGACGACAAGCCCAAGUGGGUGAAGUACACGGUGAAAACAAGCCAGCUGAAGGGUGAGAUGCCGCCCACCAAGACGCACGUGCACACGGGGGAGAAGGGGAAGAACGGCGACAUGCUUCUGGACCUGCCGUGCCAUUACGAGAAGAAGGGCAACGAGGAGUGGCGCUGUGAGGGCUCUCUCGGGAAAUACAAGGAAGAUCGAUCGGAUUCGCUGCUAAGGGCUCUUAAGGAUAUUGUUAAGAAGCCUAGUGGACAUUACGGAAAUAUCCACACUAAGCGAUUUCCUGAUGGCGCCGUCCGUGGUCAGUUCACGAAGGAGUAG